AUGUCCUCCACAGCAUCAGCAUCAUCGUCAACGCCCCGUCCGGUGCUGCCUUCGCUCGUCUCAGCGAUGCACAAGCUCGCGCCGCUCUCUCUCGCCGAAUCGUGGGACAAUGUCGGCAUUCUUCUCGAGGCGCCUAUGCCGCGCUCAGACUCAAGUGCGCGUGGAGUGCACCUCUGUAUCGACCUCACCACCUCUGUAUGUGAGGAGGCACUGCAAGACAAGGAGGUCGGGGUGAUCAUGUGCUAUCAUCCUCUGAUCUUCAGGGGAUGGAAGAGCCUCACGUUGGGCGACUCGCAGCAGAGGAGUUUGCUAAGGUGCGCUGCAGCCGGAAUCAGCAUUUACUCAGCGCAUACCAGUCUGGAUGCUGCACCUCAAGGCAUCAAUGAUUGGCUGGCGACAGCUUGUGCAGGGCGUAGCGACGCAGCGGCUUUUGCGUCCAAACCACGCGCUUGCCAGCCCAGCAAGGCUACCUCCAUUCCUGACGACUUUAAGUUGCCGGCGGGUGCCGCAGUCGGAAUGGGCCGCUCUUUCCAGCUUGCGGAGCCCGUUACCCUUGACACGCUGGUGCAACGGCUCAAGAAAGGGCUUGGCGUCGAGCACCUUCAGGUCGCUACACCUGCCUCCAGGCCAUCGAUCAUCUCCCGCAUAGCAGUCUGUGCCGGCUCAGGCUCGUCGGUCCUCGAGGGCGAGAACGACGCCGACUGCUGGCUCUCUGGAGAGAUGUCACACCAUGCCAUCCUCGCCGCCAAUGCUGCUGGCAAGACGGUCAUUCUGGCGAACCAUACCAACACGGAGAGAGGGUACCUCAAGAGCGUGCUCAAGGGCAGACUUGAGGAGGUGGACCCGACGCUUACAGUGACCGUUAGCGAAAGUGAUCGCGAUCCGCUGGUUGUGAUGUAG